AUGGUUCCUUCCGCGCUUCUCCUGGCCACUCUAAGUGGUCUUGUCACUCGUUCUUUUGCUUAUUCGUUGUCCGAUAAUGUCAACGAAGUAACCGUUGCUUCCGGAACCACCUCGCUGAUUCUCAGUGCCAGCCCUGCUUCAUCAGCGUCUGGAACAUCGAGUGCACUUCGACUGGUUACUCAGAUCUCAGAUGGUCAGAUCCAGUCUCCGGCCGAAGCGACUGCUUCGCCAGAGGGCACAUUGACUACAACCCCCGGCGUGGUCUCGUCCAAUACCACGUCUACUGUCGAUGCUGCUGCUGCUUCCCAGAGUCCCGAUGGAGGUAUCCUCUUUAUCGCACCAGACAGCACCACUCCGGAUCAGUCCAUGCUAGCGUCAAGACAAGAGUGUGAAGCGCUCAUGGAUUAUCAGCUGCCCGGAAAGAGCAGUGUUCCAACAAACUUCAACUUCUCUGGCAAUGUCAGAACCUACUACGUCGCUGCUGAAGAGGUGGCUUGGAACUAUGCACCCAGUGGCUGGGACAACUGGCUCGGUGUACCCAUCCAAAAUUCUCCACAUGCAGCAGCAGCAGGCUAUCUCAACAUCACCGGGUCCAUCGGUGCAAGCUGGGGUCUGGAGUUCCAGAAGGCUGUGUACAAGGGUUACACAGACAACACUUUUACUACUCCAACCGAACAACCUGCCUACAAUGGUAUCAACGGACCCAUCCUGCGAGGUGAAGUUGGUGAUAUGGUUCAAAUCAUGUUUGUCAACAACCUGUCCAACCACUAUGCAACAAUGCACAGCAUGGGUCUGUACUAUGGCAAGCAGUAUGAAGGGUCUCUAUACCCUAACACUACCAAUGGUGGAUCACCAAAGGUGCAGGAGCAAGAUGCUGUCCCUCCUGGUGGCUGUGCAGUAUACAAGUGGAUUAUCACCGAUUCGCAGGCACCUGCACCAGGUCAGAGCAGUCGUCUCUGGUCUUACCACAGUUUCGUCAAUAUGCCGUCGGAUCUUUCAGCAGGUCUUUCUGGACCUCUUAUCGUGUACAACAGCGGCGAGAUGAACAGCACAAUGUCGUCUCACCGUGAGUUUGUGGUCACGACCAACACUCACUUCGAGGCCAAAUCAUUCAUGGCUGGCAUCAAUGCAAAGAAUGCUGGAGUGGAUACCAGCAAGUUGCAGGUCACCAAUCAGCUCGUUCAGCCUUACAGUGGUAAUGAGUCGUUCUGGGUGCCUCAGAUGGCCAACUCGCCAGCAGUUAUGCUCAGCAAUGCGCAGGGACCCAUCUUCUACACGAUGAAUGGUUACGUGUUUGGCAAUGGAGCACCUUACGAGAUGUGUCGCAAUGAUCCGGUUAUUUGGUACGUGAUGGCAUUCGGUGGAGCAUCGCACGUUUUCCACCUUCACGGCAACAACUUCCAGUACAACGACAUGUGGCUAGCGGCUCAAAGCGUCAAUGCUGGUGAAAUGUACACAUUCAACAUGAAUGCUCAGCUGCCUGGUGUGUGGCAACUUUUGUGCCAUGUCAGCGAUCACAACUUGUUUGGUAUGCAGCAAAACUACGUUGUGUAUGGUACCGAGGAGGAUGGAGAGACUUGUCCUCUGCCACCGCUGACUGCCAAGUUGGCUGGUAGCCCGUAG